UCACGUGACCGCCUGGUACAGUGACGUGUCUUCCAACUGAGCAUGUAACCAGGAAGAGCCUGCUCGGAUUUCAACAUGAUAACCGAUACCAAUGAUGAAGACGUGUCUCUGUUUGAUGCGGAGGAAGAUGUGGGGAAAAGGUCGAAGAAGACGAACAUUAAGCAUCCAGUGGCCUCCUUCUUCCACCUCUUCUUCAGAGUCAUGGCCAUCAUUGUGUACCUGCUCUGUGAGUUUAUGGGUGGAAGUUUCAUCGCCUACAUGGUGACAAUAAUCCUCCUGCUCUCAUGUGACUUCUGGGCAGUAAAGAACAUCACUGGGAGAUUGAUGGUUGGACUCCGGUGGUGGAACCAGGUGGACGAUGAUGGACGCAGCCACUGGGUGUUUGAGUCCAGGAAGGGUACUGGGAAGCAACAAGGGUCAGACGCCGAGUCCCGAAUCUUCUGGCUCGGACUUAUCGUUUGUCCGGUCCUCUGGGUCAUCUUCGCUUUCAGCACCCUCUUUUCCUUCAGGAUUAAAUGGGUGCCUGUAGUGAUCAUGGGUCUGGUGCUGCAAGGAGCCAACCUCUACGGCUACGUGAGGUGUAAAGUGGGAGGCAAGACCAGCUUAAAGAACAUGGCUACGAAUUAUUUUGGACGACAGUUUCUUAAACAGGCGCUGUCUAAAGAAGAGGAAUCGUAGACUGCCGCUCUGCGAUUUUAACACGUUUGCAUUAUUAUUAAUGCUCUUACAUUUAUUCUUUUAGCAAGCGGAUACACACAGAGAAAUCUUUUUGCAACGUGAACUGAAAUAACACCUUGUGAUGCGUUUCUUUCUUUGUGUAUGUAAUGUGUGAUUCAAUCAGUCCUGAUAGAGAGAGGUCUGAGGUCUGGUAGCUGUUUUCAGUAACUGGAGCCCAGCAAUAAACCCCCAGACUCUGGCUAACACUGAAGUGUAAAUGCAUGAGUGAAAAAAGGGCUUGACAUGUUAAAGGUUCAAUGUGUCCUGUAGUCUCACAGCUCCCGGAGACAUUUCAUUUAGUUUGGUAUCUUCUUUAGUUAGUUUUUGUUCAUUCCCUCUAACUCCAAUCUUUAUAUAAGUAAAUAAUUGAGUUUGUUUGUGAGAGGUGUUGUACAAACAUUUUGUUUGAGCAAUAGACAGGAUUGUAAAGUAUGAGUGUAAAGUAUUCCAGGAGAUUUGUAAAUAUGUAUGUAAAGAAACUAUGUGGAACAUCUUCUUUUGUGCUAAUACAUUUGUAACGUUUUUCCGAA